GUUGGCAAGUCUGACUCAGACGUAAACAAACAUGGCUCACUGGUUCCACAGGAAUCCCCUCAAAGCUACGGCUCAGGUCAAAUUUGACUUGAAAUUGGUUGCUUCUGAUAGUCAAACUAUAAAAAUAUGUAGUGAUCUAAGACAAGCAAGACUGAGACUUCUUGAACUUCUACCGGAUGCUAACCAUGAAAUCGAUGUUGUGGAGCCAGCUCUAACACUAUAUCUAGCCUUAUUGCGUGGCCUUAUUGAAGUCCCAGAAGGCCAAAGCUCUGAUUGGAGCAAACUAAGGCAUGCAAUUCGUUUUCGCUGGACUCAUUCCGUUCUAGGAAACCCACCUGAGUCUCAGGUUGAUGCAGUAUUUGAAUUAGUAUCAGUACUCCAGAAUGCUGCCUUUUGGUAUAUGAAACAUGCCUCAAAAAUUUCUGCACAAGAAGAGGUAAGCAUGGAUGAAGCCAAACUGGUACAUCGUAGCUUGCGUCGUGGCGCUGGUUUGCUGAAGUAUGCUCAAGAGGAGUGGGUGGACAAACUGCUAGAAACCACUCCAGUAGGAAGUGACAAUGAUCCCAGAGUUCACACAGCCUACCUAAAUCAGGCUACAGCUGAGGCACAAGAAGUGACAAUUGCAAGAGCUAUCGAGUUGAAGCACAAUGCCGGGUUGAUUUCUGCUCUUGCAAAUGAAACAUUCAAGUUGUUCACAACUGCGGCAGACGCUAUUAGUUCUUUGGAGGAAAAGAAAUUUGGUCACUGGACAAACUAUCUGCGCUUGAAGGCUGCCUUCUAUGCUGCUUAUGCUUAUAAUUAUGCAGGCCAGAAUAUGCUGAACCAGGAUAAAUGUGGAGAAGCUAUCAGAGCACUGCAGGAAGCUAAAAAGAAAUAUGAAGAAGCUGGUGAACUUUGCAAGGAAUAUGCCAAGACCAAAGGACCAGGGACACAGGUGAAACCAGAGAAACAUGAAUUCUUCCGUCGGUUGGCCCCUAUAAUUGCCCGAACUCUAGAGAAAUGUGAAAGGGAAAAUGGGAUGAUUUACCAUCAAAAGAUUCCAUUUGAUCCUCCAGUGUUGGAAUUGAAAGCAACUUACGGUUUAGUGUCACCAGAUGAUUAUACUCUUCCUCCGGCUGCUCCGUUAUGGACACCAGUCACAUAUAGUGCAUUCGACUUGAUGAAGAAUCGCGAGGAUCCAAGUGCUAAUUCGAAAGCAGCUCAGAAAGCAGAGGGCGAUUUACCACCAGUGAAGGAGGCUGCCAUUCACGAGACGACAAAAGACCACAAAAAUACCAGUGGGUGCUCUGUUAUGUAACUAAAGAUCAUCAUGAGUCCAAGUAGGUGGGUGUUAAACAAUUAUUGGUAGGUCCCUUGCUAUGCGACACUGAACUACAGUGUUUAAUGGUAAUUUUAUAUAUGUCUAACAUUUAUCUUUUUAAUUACUGUAUAAAGGUUUUAUAGUAAAAUGUUUCCUGCUAGGUUUUGUUUUAAUAUUUUUUUUUCUUUUAAAUGUUCAGAUACUGUGUAUAAAAUUUGGUUUGUUUGGAGUUGAAGCUGAAUUGUGAAUUUUGUAAAUUUUAUUGUCAUUAAAGUCUCUUAAAAAGUUUAUUGCAAUUUGUUGUAAAAAACUGUAUUAGCACCCAUCAUGAGUAAGUCAAAUUCAUAUUCCCAGUAUGCCACUGUAUUCAUUGCAUAUUUCUGGUAGCAUUUGUCAUUUACUGCGCUGAAGUUCAUUCCCAAAUAUCGAAACACAUUUAGGGAUAGACUGAGGUAAAUUAUGUAGAUUUGGCCUAAGUUAAUAAAAAAAAGUGGUCCUUAGAUAUCCAUUAUUGUUUUCAGCCCAAAACGUUUCAGAUUUUCACUGAAGUACUAUAUAGAAGAGAAGGUUUUAAUCAUAGAUGAUGCCUUGGUCACAUUUUUAAUGUA